CCAAAGCACCAAUCUGGCAAUAUAUCGGACUAGAAAUGAUAGGAGUGCUAGACUAACUAGCCAAAUUUCUCUUGUGCAUGAACGGACUAGACUUGGAAGAAUCUCCAGUUCAAGAGAGUUACACAAGAUUUGAUGAGUAUCCAGUACACCAAGUGAGCAAACAAAAUACUUAAGCCUAUAUACAAGUGAAAUUUAUUAUCGCAAUCUGCGAAUAUGAACGGUCGUGUGCAUGAUCUUCAUUCAUUUGUGCAGCACGUGACAUCACUUGGUGGCUUUAUUCGUCACAUGCUCCCGUAGUGAUCCUCUUAGCAAGGUUGUUCGAUCUCGAAUAACUAAUGUAUAAGUCUGUCGUCCCCAAGUUGUCUGGGGUGCAUCGGUUCGCCUGUUUAGCACUUUAUCGGGCGCUUCUCCGACAAUGCGCAAACUUGCCGAACACCGCGCCGGUGCUUAGCACUUGCAAGCUGCUCGUCCAACAAAAGUUCCAUAAGUACAAGAAACUCCAGAGUCCGUCUCAAAUAGUCAAUUCCUUAAAAGCAGGAUAUGAGGCCCUCGAUCUCCUCCAUUCAGCCUCUCAAGGAAGUCAACGUGAUAUACGACGCAUUACAAAGCUCCUCUCGGACGUCCAGUUGGUUAAGCAGAGGGAGUCUGCGCUGCAGAGGGAACGCUGUAAAAAAGAACCGAAGCCGUUAUCUCGGAAGCAGCAAAAAACAAGCGAUUCUCGGCGUUUUCAAGAAGAAACCGCCCGACGACAUCCGGAGGCGACUCCUAUCCUUUCUCGUCCUCGACCCGUCGUGAGCGGCAGGCGACGGGUUCCUGUUCUUGUAAACGCGCGGGGAGUACCUUUCCUGCGUAUCAAGAAGCCCCAGCCCAAGAAUCUAAGUGGCGUGAUACGGACGAAACUUGAGAAACGUUGGAAACGAAUUGAACGCCGUGACAGGCUGGAUCUUGAAUUAAUGUUUACCAGAGACGAGGACGUAUGGGAUACUUUGACGACUGGUUCCGAAGAGGAGACAUGGUCUGGGGAGGUCAAAGGUGCAAUAGAGGCUCUUAACCGGCAAAUCCGGGACACCGACAAGAAGAACAUGCAACUCGCAGAGGCCAUGUGGAACGUUGUCCUUGCUGAACGCAAGUUGGCGGCUGAAGAGCAAAAACAGAUGCUUUCUGAGAAGUCAGCUGACACUUGAUUUCCUGCCUAUAGCCUGAUCCCUUAUGACACCUUCGAAAUGCCCAAUUCACGGUCUUCUGCUCGGAAAUAAAUUUCAAAACUAGGAUCGUUAGAAAGAACCGAUCCACCUGUCAUUGGGCAACUGCAUGAUAGCAACAGCAGUCGUAUCGUGAAUAUGCUGGAAAGCAUAGACCACUUUCGAUGCGUGCGGGUGUAAUUCUGCAUCACCAACUUCCCUUAGGGGGUAAAUAAUUUCGAAAACGAAGCAUUCUCUUAUGAAGCACCGUGUAUUGCAACGGAGAUGGAAUUUUUUACUACUCAGCUGCCUAGUUGGCAUCCUCUAUAUAAAGAGGCUAUGAAGUCUUGGAAAAUUUAAGAGGUUAUGUGCCUACACAUUUUUA